AUGUUUCUCGAAAAGGCAGCGAUAUGGCUCUUUGUGAGCGUUUGCGCUGUUGUGAUAUCAGCGCAAUCGUCCAUCACUUUUGCGGACGAUGUCGUGGUGCCAGCGUCGGUUCCAACCGUCAGCGGCAUUGAUGUCUCUCAUGGCCCUUUCACAGGUACUCCCACUGUUACCGGCGCUCUGAGUGGGACGGCCAUUUUGGGGACGGCGAUCUCUCCCAAGCCCGCUCCGGCGAAUGCAACGACAUAUCCCAGUGAUGGACGCCUUCACGACCCCCAACCGGCUCCAUACGUCCCCGCAGGCGGCCUCGGGACGAACGGCACCAUGCCCGUUUACAAUGCAAGGAGCGACUAUGAUUUCCAGUCCCUUGCUCUCGUCCUGUACUUCAAAUGGAUAGAGGUCGACCUCUUCAACUACGGCCUAUCCCGCUUCUCUGAGGCGGACUUCCAGAUGGCAAACCUCACUUCCGAAGACCGCUAUCUCGUUCGAUUCAUGGGCAGGCAAGCAAUCGGCGGCGCAACGAUGCUUUCCAACAUCCUCGGCCGCGCCGCGCCCAAGCAAUGCAACUACAACUACCCCAACUUCACCGACGUCCGCGAAUGGCUCGACUUCUCCCAGAAGCUCACCCGAACCAACGAAGCGGGCGUCUACGGCAUGCUGCCGCACCUCAACUCGCGCGCAGCCGCCUCCAUGCUCCUCCGCUCCGUGGCCGUCGCCGCGCGCCAGCACGUCAUCUUCCGCCAGUUCCUGGGCCUGUUCCCCAUGCCCGAGUGGUUCGAGGUGGGCAUCCCGCAGUCCUGGGCCUGGUCGCUGCUGAGCCCGUACAUCGCCUCGUGCCCUGGUAACCAGACCCGCCUCGCCUGGCAAAACUUCCCCGCGCUGCGCGUGGUCAGCCAGCCCAACCCGUUCCGCACCGACGGCUCCGCCGCCGACAACGAGACGCUGGGCGCCUGGCUCAAUUCCGCGAAUGACACCGCCAUCCCGCCGCCGCAGCGCUGCAACGCGACCACAAACGGCAACGCGACCGCCAACGGCACCACGACCGUGAACGCGACCGGAGUUGAGUGCGGGCCCGCCAUCACGCGCAACCGCUCCAUCCCGCUCUCUAACCCAGGCCGCCCGGUUCUGCUGCACUGGGACGCGCCGGACGCCCCCCUCGGCCCAAACGGGAGCUACGUCGCGAGCUCCCGCGCCGGCCCCCCCGCGUUCGUCGUCUGGGUGACGCAGCUGAACGUGACGUACUCGCCGCUCACGGACGUGGUGGGCGGCGGCUUGGGCGGCGGCAACGCCAGUAGCGCGGGUAAUGUGAGUAACGUGUCGGGCGGCUCGGGCCGCACGAUACAACCCGACCUCUCGACGUACGAGGGCGACCCGGGCAUCAACGGGACGAUUUUCAUCGCGGUCACGGAUACGGAUCUGUUUCUCACGCCGUUUAAUUUGAGCUUGAUUAACCCGCAUGUUGUGGCGGGGCCGGCGGUUUAUCAGGCUGGCUGA